UCUUGCCCAUUCUAAAGGCAUCCCCUUCUCCUCUCCUCCACUGACAGAAUCCGGGGUGGUAUGGCCUGGAGGUGCUCACAACUGCUUUUGGCCCCUGUGUUGCUGGUGUUCCUGGCCUCAGGUGUCUGGGGUGCGGCAAUAUCCGAGGAAGUCCGUAGAGUGGUAGGACAGGACCUAUCGGUGCAGUGCCAGUACAAGCCCGAGGCGGGGCCUUAUGUGCAGAAAACGUGGUGUCAGCAGACAGCUCCAAACAGAUGUAACCGAGUGGUCACCACCUCUGAGCCUCGGAAAGCAGACAAGGCGUCCCAGAGCACAAUCUGGGAUGACCCUGAAGCCGGUUUCUUCAGAAUCACCAUGACCCACCUCACGGAGAAGGACUCAGCAUUCUACUGGUGCGGACCAUACAACCCCGCCCGCAAAGAGGUGAACGUUCUCCGAAACAUCAGCCUGGUGGUGUCUCCAGCCUUGUCCACUCUUCCUCCACUGACCAGCAUCUGGCUCCAAACAAAGAUGGCAUCAACUCCUCCACAGAUGACUACUUGGUUCCCAACAAGCACAGUUCUGACAGCUCUUCCAGAGGAGACCAGCGGCUCGUCCAUCAAUGGCUCUGAGCACAGAAACCAAAGUUCUCCUUCCUCUCCUUGCUGGACCUCCACAAGCCUUCUGCUCUCCAUGCAGUGUGGACUCCUCCUGCUCAAGGGCCUGCUGCUGUCAGUUUUCUGUGUGGUCAUUUGCCAAAGGCGCUGCCAGGGACAGGAGUAUAGGGCAGAGGCAGUGAAGAUGGAGGUUUCAGAAUAUGCCAGCUUCAGUGUUGUCCGGAAGUCCUCAGGGUAUGGGAAGAACGACUAUACCCAGUGACUACAGCCGCCCCAACCACUGCAUGCUGCAACUCUACUGAAGCCAUGGGGCAGGCCGACGGGAGACAACCGCCAGGCCAUCCCUCAAAUCAGCAGUGCUGUCACCCCUAAGAGCCACUCCCUCCCAUAACCCAGACCUCCUUAAAGGUGACCUCCCACGGGAAGUUAAUCUGCAAGUCAGAUUCUCUCAGCACCCCGAUACCCAGCUCCAGUACCUCCCCCCAAAGCACCACCUGUGUGCCCCCUGUCCCAGGAUGGUCUCAUUCUCUGUCCUGUCUCCGCUGGCAUCACGCGCCUUUCCCUAGUGCAGUGCUCACAGUCACGCACGCACGUCGCCACUCAAGCUGUAAGUUCAGACUCUUGGAUUGCAUCAGAGCAGAGCAAGGUGAUGCCAUGGCCCCUGGCCUUCCUUUACUCUAGAUUUAGAAUUCUUAAAACGAGGGGGAAAUGACUUCAAUGAAAAGAUGGGGAACCAAGAAAGGCUGUGAUCUAAAGACAACAAACAGAGGAAGUCAAGGAAAAAAAAAAGGGUCUUUAAUGGGACAGAAAAAUUUCCCAAGCAGAGCACUGCUCACCCAGCCACACCUCAGAGCUGACCGUCAGGGGCCAGUAUUGUGUUGGUCUAUCGAGUGAGGCAAUUUCAUCUUCACACAGGAAGUCUGGUUGUUCAAACAGGAUUGUUGACUGGCGGGAGCGGGGGGAGAGAGGGGCAGGAUCCUUUAGGAAACAAAAAGCAUGUGACAUUCAUAAAACAAGAAGAGGCCAGAGUGAGGUUCGGUACACGUCACGUCCAGUUCAGUCUCCUGAACGUCCACCAUCACCAGCACGCUGACUGUCAGCCUCCCAACCUCAGAAAGGCCACUACAAAGAAAACACAUCCUAUUUUCCUUU